GCCUCAGGCCAGAGGCUCCGCUGGGGUCCGCCCGCCCCCACCCCACUCCACUCACUGCCGCCCCCACCGCCCCGGCCCGGCUCAGACCCCCGCUCCCUGAGCACAGGCCUCUGAUGUCAUUUCCUGACCUGCCCUCCCCCCGCGCCCGACCCGCGGGUGCCCGAGAUCUGACUCACCGUCCCCCUCCGGGCUUAGCCGGCGGAGGUAGCGCGGGUGCAGCAGAGGUAGCCACGCAGCCCCUGUGCGCCUCCAGCCCGGCCCAGCGACCUCCCCUCGGGCCUGCCGUUACCCGGUCCCCUCCCGCCACCACCCGCUACCCGACCACCUCCGAGUCCGCCUGGGGUGGCCGAACGUAUGGAGCUGGGCUCCAGGGUGCACGAGGAUGGGGGAUGAGGAGCGGGGCGUUCUCCCACCCAGCACCCCCCAGCUGACUCUGUGCCCGGAGGGGGUGUGUGAGCCGGAACCUCCAGCAUUCUCGGGGAUACGAACUUCCAACGCUGGGCAGCCUCUUAAGGCUUCUAGGAAUUCGCAUCCUCCGCGCCCCCGCCAGCGGAUCGGUUGCGAGAGGGACCGUUCGGGCCCGCGGGGCCGGGAAUGGAGGAGACCCCGGGCGACGGUGGGGCUCUUGGGCAUUCUGAGACUGCGCUUGGUGGAGCCCCCUACUGGCCCGACCGGAUUUCUCAGCCUGCGACUCAGCCCCAGGCUACGCGAAAGAGGCCGGACCCGGCUUUUACUGCCUCCUGAGGCCUUCCUCUUGUUCACACUGAGUGUCCAGUCCUUCCAAAUCUGACUACACUCUACUGGCAAGGAACACCUGGGCCAUGUUUUAGAGAUCAUCUGAAGACUAACCCCAAAAGUUUAUGAAGAGAAAGCGGAGGCCAAGCUGGAGAUGGACCCGGGUCACACCCAGGUAGAGGCAGGAUCUAAACUCAAACUGGUGUCAAAUCUGGUUGCCUUGCACCCCUGAUACCAGGUGAAGCAACACUGGGCAGGAUCCAGCAGAGUGAAGUCAGAGUGUGAAGACCCAGCCUGAUGCCCAAACUGAUGCCUCUUCAUUCUCCCCCGCUCCGUCUGUAAAUAAUCCAUCUACUUUAUUGCAUUAUAUGGAGAAAUAAAUGAAAUGUCAUAGCUGUA